UAAAGCUUAUCGCCAUUCGCAGCGAGAAAUGAGCCAGUGCACACGAUGUCGCAAAUACGUGCACUCUGGAUGCGAUCCGGAAGCGGAUCGGACGUUUGUUCAUCGCAAGAAAGACAUGAAUUCCGACUACGAGUAUCUUUGUCCUCCCUGCAAAGUCUCGUCGCCUGUGCCGACCCCCAAAUCGGCCAUCAAACUCGAUCCGCUGUCGGAAAGCAAUCAGGGAUCGGUUAGUCAAGACAAUAUGCAGCAACAGACGACGACGCAUCAGCAGCAGGCCAUGAUUGACGUUGAUGUUCCUGGCACCCCCACCUACUCUGACGAGCUUCAGCAACAACAAAUCCAACAAGAAGAGACGAAACCGUUGGCCGUUGGAGUCGGACAGAAGUUCAUGGCGUCUCAACAGCAGCAGUCUGCUGGUAAAAUCGCCCGGAAGCGGAUGAAUGGUGCGACUGCGACCGAUGGGGGAGGUGGUGGCCGACCCAAAGGAUCGGGCAAAGCCUCGUUAUUUGGAGUCGCUGGAUCCAACAGCGGCGGAGGCGCUGCUUAUAACCGCAAGGCCAACUAGUUGGUCGAUUUCGGACGGAAGAGAGGACCCAAACCAAAGAUGCGGGGCGUUUUCGGUGCCCCUAGAGUCGGUCUCCAACGGCCAGCAGAUGGGACUGGUAGUGGAGGCGGGGCCGGUAAAGGAGUGGCGUCGGGCAGUGUUUUAUCGACUGGUGGUGGAGAAAUUGAAGGGGAGCCCUGCCUGGGGAACAAGUUGAUGCUUUGUUCGUCAUCCGUCAGUUUUGUUUGGAGCAAGACGCUUGUGCCAUGUGCUGUUCUUUCGGUUUGGACCAGGAAGGCCGUCUUAUCUCUUGCGCCCAGUGUGGCCAGUGCUACCAUUCGUUCUGCGCCAACGUCAAGGUCACCAAAGUCAUUUUGCAAAAGGGCUGGCGCUGCCUGGACUGUACGGUGUGUGAAGGGUGUGGCGAGCGUCAUGACGAGGCCCGUCUCCUCCUGUGCGACGAGUGCGACAUCUCCUACCACAUUUACUGCAUGGAUCCGCCGCUGGACUACGUGCCGCAGGGCAAUUGGAAGUGCAAGUGGUGCGCCGUCUGCCAAGUUUGCGGCUCUAACGAGCCGGGCCUCUACGUCAACUGGACUCACCAGGCCAACGGCUCCCUCUGCGGGCCCUGCGCCUCCCUGCGACAUUGCCCGUCAUGCUCCUCGUCCUACAACUGUAAAGGGAUCAUGGAUUUACUCAUUCUUCCGUUUACGGAAUAAUUAAAUUAAAAGCGGUUUAAAUAAAUAAAAAGGAGACGGCUGA